AAGUUUCCCCCCCCCUCUCUCACACGGACCUGUGCUCAGCCAGUCUUUACUCAGAGCCAAACCAGGGCCUAGCAGGAAGAACGGCUCGACUAUGUGGAGACAGAAACGGGCACUUGGGGAAUCCUUGGCUUGUCUCGUAUUUCUUGUGACGCUCGUCGAUGCUUAUCGAUUCCUGAGCCAGAGCACAGCCUCUCAGUUUCUGAGCAGGCACAGGAGAGCCAACUCUCUGUUUGAGGAGAGCAAGAAGGGCAACUUGGAGAGGGAGUGCAUCGAAGAGCUGUGCAACAAGGAGGAGGCCAGGGAGAUCUUCGAGAACCAGCCAGAGACGGAAUACUUCUACCCCAAAUAUGUUGCCUGUCUGGGUUCACACCGUGUCGGCAUCAACAACCAGAACUCUGAUUCUGGUAUCCCAUCGAAUCUUCGCACCUGUGUGAAGGAGAUCAGUAACCAGUGUACGCCGUUUCCAUGCUACAAGGAGGGUUCAGAAAGGUGUGUGGAUGGCCAGGCCUCCUUCACAUGUGUGUGUAAACCUGGCUGGAAGGGUUUGCUCUGUGAGGACGACAUCGAUGAGUGUACAGAUCCUGAAUUUCCAGCGGGAUGUAACCAAAAGUGUUACAACUUCCCUGGUAGUUUCUAUUGCAUUUGUGAAGACGGCUACUUCCUCAAUGACAACAUCAACUGUGUGGAUAUCGAUGAAUGCCUGCUGUAUGCCAGUAUCUGUAAUGCACCGGCUAAAUGUGUCAACACGCCGGGCAUGUACGAGUGUCGGUGUCCCCGGGGUUUCAGAUAUAACUUCACUUCCAAGACCUGCAAUGAUGUAGAUGAGUGCGAGUUGAGCGUGUGCGACGGGAUUUGUAUAAACACAGUGGGCAGCUAUGAGUGCCACUGUGAUGGUCGUGGGGGUUUUCGCUUGGCGGAGGACAAGCGAUAUUGUGAAAAAAUCCCUGUUUGUGUUGACCUGUAUGACUACAAGCACCCUGAGAUGCUUUACCUGGGGGAGCAGUUUACUGGCCUUCCUGUCAUCUACCUGCGCUUCCGUCUGCCGGAGAACACAAAGUUUGCAGCAGAGUUUGACUUUCGUACAUUUGACCCAGAGGGAGUCGUGCUGUACGCAGAGUCCUCCCAGGACUCGUGGUUCAUGUUGGGGCUAAGAGGCGGUCGCAUUGAAGUCCAGUUCAAAAACCAGCACACAUUCAAGGUCACCAGUGGAGGAAAAGCCAUCAAUGAUGGACAGUGGCAUGUGAUCUCUGUGGAUGAACUGGAGAGCAGCAUCAGUGUGAAGAUCAGCAAGGAAGCUGUGAUGAGCAUCAACAGCCCCGAGAGUCUCUUUACUUCAGUUAAUGGCAAACUGGAGACCAAGGUCUACAUUGCUGGUCUGCCCAACCGCACUGAUAACGUCAUCAAACCCAUCAACCCUCGACUUGACGGCUGCAUUCGGGGCUGGAACUUGAUGAACCAGGGAGCAUCUGGGGUAAAGGAGGUCAUCCAGGAGAAGAAGAGUAAACAUUGCUUCGUGUAUGUGGAACAAGGCUCUUUCUUCACUGGGGAAGGACUGGCACUCUUCAACAUUGACUACAGUGAUUCUGGGAGCUGGAAUGUGGAUAUAAAGAUGAAUAUACGUCCGUCCAGCAGCACAGGGGUCAUCUUUGCUCUUGUCUACAACAACAUGGUCCCCCUGUCGGUCGCUGUGGUAACGCAGGGAGAAGAAGAUGCUAACCUGCAAGUGUUCAUGGACGGCGUCCCUGUGGCAACGGUGGUGUCGCUGAUGUUGUGUUACCCCGAACGGCUGACGGUGCAGCUCAAUGUGACUCCCACAGAAAUCCAGAUCUCAGCCAACUCCUCCACAGUUACCUACAUGAAGUCUGACGCCCUGCGGGAGGCACUGGGGCACCUCAACACCACCAUGCAGAACCCCAUUAGUACAUAUAUUGGUGGGAUACCAGACGACGUCCCGUUACCCGCCAGCCCUGUGACGGCCUUUUACCACGGCUGCAUGGACAUCACUAUCAACGGCCAGCAGCUGGACUUUGACGAGGCUCUCAGCAAACAUAACAGUAUUAAGUCCCAUUCCUGUCCUCCUGUGACUUCCGAUGAGAGUCACCCCGAUGCGGCGCACCCGCACAGAGACUGACCUUAAUUAACGAGCGUAUCGCAUUAAAAAAGCCCUCGCAUUAGUCUGAAUCCCACAGUGGGCCCUUCUUGGGGUAUUUUGGGAGAUAUAGAAGAGGAGAAGAGGAAGGAAGAGGAGAUAGAGGUAGACGGUUAUAGUCAUUUUUGUCGACUCUCUCUGAUGGGUUUAAUUUUAAGCUUUGUCUUACGCUUUUCAUUCAUACAGUAUUAUUGUUCCUGUUCUUGGAGCAUUUUUUUUUUUUUUUUUUUAGCGAGGCAAAAUGAAACCUGGCUUGCCAGUAAGCUAGUCAGAAGCUGAAUAGUUUGAUGAUGUAGUUGUAGCAGUUUGUUGCAGUGAAUUAAAUGCUUUCCAAGAAAUGUUUGAAAAGAGCUGAGCUCUGUAGCACGCAAACCAUGUUUGGAGCAAGAGAUGGUUAUGUUUGUGUAGAAAAAUAAACAAAUGGUCAAUGUUGGCCAGGCUUUAAGACCACCUGCAUCUUUGUCCCUGUUGUUGAAUCAUGGUACUAUCUCUUAAAUUCCCUUCUGGUCUUGUGGACGUCUGAGACAAGUAGCUGAAAUUGUGGUUGGUGGUUGUUGGCAGAGAAAAGCACAAUAGAGAAAGCGGAGCCUCCAGGUUAUCGAUCCAAUUCUUUAGCAUUUUCUUGUUCGAAUCACCAUCCUUUACCGGAGCUCUGAGGUGUUUAGUAACGUUUAGAAACAUGGUUCAUCAUUUUAUUUGUAUUGCAAAACUGCAACUUGUGUUGUUCCUCUGUUUCUGACCUCGUCUUCAGCGUUCUCCUGUGUCCAAAAUUAACUUUGUAUAUAAAACAAGCCAUCGUUAAUAUAUAACUUAAAUGUAGUUGUUCAGUGUUUUGUUUGUUUUAUGUUUGUUUUAAUAAAAUUGGUCAAAGCAA